CGGAUCCAGAAACGGUUCAACUCAACUUACACCGUCAACCGUCACUCUCACGAUUAAGUCAGGAGUUGAGUAAGGGGCUUCACUAUACGGAGGACCAAAUCUUAGAUGCUGUGUUCAACUAACUGAAGGUUAUGCUUGAAGUAGUAGGAAAUGCGCAUCAUUUUCCGCAGUUCCUAUACUUCUUAAUUUCGGGUUUGAGUUUGAGACAAACCAUCAACACCACUCACCCAACUCGAUCAUCAUCAGGUGGUCAUCUCGAUCCCUUAUCCGGAAGUCAACAAUAUAUCCCCAAUUUGAACCUCCGAUAAGGUCGUGCAGUCAUCCACACCUUCAUCGCGCACACUUCACGAGAGCAACAUGGCUCAUCUACCCCCCAACGCCGCCAUCUUCUCACCCUCAGUGGCCCGCGCGGCUGCCUCAGCCGCCAAAGACUGGUCUUAUGUUGAUGGAUGGCUGCAACGCAAGUUCCCCAACGGCGGCCCUCCCCCGUUUGAGCGCAAUGCCGAUACAUUGCGCGUCCUGCUCGCCCUAGCCUCCGCCAACGAAACAGCAGAUGAGGAACGCACCCUCAUCGCCCGUCUCGAGGCCGAGACUCUCGACCAACUCCGCGCCCACGAGGAAUCAGCAAGCCAAAAAGGGGGGGACAACACCAACGCUAACACCCUCGACUCGGCCCGGGAAGCAAUCCUCGCCGCCCUCGAAGCCUCACUCCCUCGGGAAGGCCAAACCGCGCUCACCGCCCUAGCGGCGCUCGCACUACAGACCAACACCCCCCUCCCAACGCCAGCCGGCCUCGGCGCCGAACUCAUCACCCUCUCCACCACCGCCUCCACGCUCGAGCAAACCACCGCCCGCAUCCACACCCUCACAGCCCACCUCGCGCGCGAAGCCACCGCAACAGCCCACCUCGCCGCCGAGCUCCGCCCACCCUCACCCCCGCACCCGCACCACCCUAACCAUCCCGACGACAACAAGGACAACAACAACCAGACCAACCCCCCAUCAUCAUCAUCUAACAACCCCCCGCACCAACCGCGCGCCGAAACAGGCUACCACCCGCCCGCGGACCUCGCCCUGCAGAACCUCUCCCUGCAACGCCAAAUCAAGACCCUCACCACGCGCAUCCCCGAACUGCGCGACAAAGCCGCCGCCAUAGCCCGCUCAUCAUCCAACAACAACACCACCAACAACAGGGGCGGGACCCGCCCCUCACCCAGCCUAGCCGACGUGCGGCGGGAGGAGGAGGCCUACGCGGCGCUGCUGGCGGCGAAGCGGGAGCUGGACGCGCAGGUGCAGGCAUUUGCGGGCCUGCCGCCGGACGCGGAGCUGGCGCGGCAGGAGCUGGAGGGGUUGAGGGGGGAGCUGCGGCGGAUGACGGUGCGGCGGGACGAGGUGUUUGAGGGGCUGGUGGAGAGGGAGACGCCGAGGAAGAGGGGGGGGAGUGUGAGGAGGUAG